GCGCGUCACACUCUCGCCGCUGGCGCUUCAAUUUAGUUUAUAUUCUGCCCACCUACAACUCUUAGCCGAAAUGGCGUCCGUCACUUUAGGACAGCACCCUGCUCAACACCACCUCGACUCGGAUCAGCAACUAUUCCACAAACUGAAGUCGAGCGACAGGAAGAAAUUCACGCGUAAAUGGUCUCUGGACAAGAUCAUCACGCGAAACGGAGCGAGUGAUAUGGACAGCGGGAGAGCCGCAGUCUCAGCAUCGCUCGCGUUAUUCAAUCACGAUCCGUCUUCAGCAUCACACAGCCGUGGCGGCUCGCCACGUAGUAAUAUGGACGGACCUGUUGUGGACAUGGACCGAGAAAACGCGAACAAUUAUAACGGGAUAUUUCGCAGACACAGUGCCGGGAGCCGGAGAAGCUCGGUGAAGGACACGGCAAAGAUCCAUGCGUCUUCAUCCCCACAAGAAGUUCGCAAUGCCUCGGCGCGGUCAAACUUCAGCUGCCCGACAGACGAGCUGGAAGGACUGGCGAUCGACAAGCUGACACAGGCAAGGUCGGGAGUAGUGAAGAUGCGAAGCGAGCCUCUCAGGAGGGAGGCAUGGUCCAUCUUCAACCAGAGAGACCCCAGGGUGAAGGCAGAGAAGGGAGAGGGCCACAUCUUCAUCUCCAGACGGCUGAGCCAAGACUGGUGCGACGCGUGCAACCGCCAGAUCAGCAGCGCUGCGCUAAAGUGUCAAAACUGCAGCUACACAUGUCAUUUGGAGUGUCAGGGGCUUGUUCAGCUGGACUGCAACCAACUAGAUCAGCCAACGGAGGAUGUGUCUUCACCCACUCCACAGAGGUCCGGCACCAAAGACCCUCAGGAGACGAGUGUCACAAGAGAGGAAGAAGAAGAGAAGCCAACAUCCCUCACAGAAGGAGAGAUUAAAGCUAAAAUAGAUGACUACAACUCCAAAGUGACGGAGAAUGGAAUGAAAUUAAGCUCAGAUGGCACAUACACUGGUUUCAUAAAGGUUUACUUGAAGUUGCGCAGGCCCGUGACUGUAUUUUCUGUGGACGGGCAGUCGCCAGGACCGUGUUCCUCUUCUGAUAGUUCAGAUAACCGCACAUCCUUUUACUUGCCCAACGAUGCCGUUAAACAGCUACACAUUAGCAGUACCACCAUGGUCAGGGAGGUCAUUCAGGGCCUGCUGAAGAAGUUCAUGGUACAGGAUAACCCACGCAAGUUUGCCCUCUACCGCCUGACCCGUCGAGACAGCCAGGAUCUUUUCCAGAAGUUGGCGUUAUCAGAAUGCCCACUCUACUUGAGGCUGUUGGCAGGUCCUGAUCUAGAGAACUUGUCUUUUGUACUCAAAGAAAAUGAGACUGGCGAGGUGGAGUGGCAUGCAUUUUCAGUCCCUGAGCUGCAGAACUUCCUGAUCAUCCUGGAGAAGGAGGAGAAGGAGCGCAUGCGGCAGGUGGAGCAGCGUUACACUGCCUACAGGCAGAAGUUGCUACGGGCUCUGGGUCAAGUCGAGAGCAAACCGGGCUAAUGUAGGACAACGAAUCUCCUUCACCCCACUGAGCCAACACUGGGCCAGCCUGGAGGACCAGUAGCCCAACAGACGAACUCAAAACCUCCACUCAGGACUUUGUACAAGCUCUCAGCAUGCUUCUGUGACCUUUAACCCCCAAAGACGGGCGAAGGGAUCGAGACAUGACUAAGACGAAGAGGAGGUUGGAACUAAAGAUUAGUACUUCAAGAGUAAUCCUUCUCUCCAGAAAUGGCACACUGUUGAAAGCCCAGGAAUAUGUUUCUGGCAGUCAUGCUUUUUGAUAUGAAUGGGUUUCGUUUUGUUUUUUUCUCAUUGUUUUUACAUUGACCCUGUCUGUUUGUGUUUUUUACAUACUGCUGCUAUUGCUGCUACUGCAAGUGUUACUUAAAGCAUGACUUUCCCUUUGGUCUCUCUGCUUGUGUCUACCGCAUGUCCUCUAUCAGGGAAUAUCUAUAUGAAAGAGUGGAGUAAAAAAAGCACUUCCUGUCCGAAAAGGAAGUGGGGAGACUGAACUUAUAGAAAAUAUGAUGCCUGCGAAAUAUCAGAGGACAAAUAGUAACCUUGUCCACAUAUCAAAUUAUACAGUUCAUAAACAGUUGUAACAUGCUACUGUAAAAAAAAUGAAUUAUACUGUUUAUACUGGAGUACUGUAUUACUGAUAAUGUUUCACCCCACAGAGGCAAAAUAUCUCUUUCUUUCUAUUUAAAUGAUCAAAAUGGCUGCACAUCUCUGUCGUGAAGCUCACUAGCCACUAUAUCUAUACAAAAAAAGUGUUUGAAUAGAUAUGGGCUGCUGAGCAUGAUCAGACGCAGACAUUUUGAGCUCCUCUGGUCCCACGUCGACUGCUACUCUCUAGAAAAAGACCGUUCGGUUGUCCCAUGAAAGCUUUUAGAAAUGCUCAGCACUGACAAAUCACCUCAGUCUCUCAAGUGCGCCACCAGUACUUAAUGUGCAGGGAGCAUCAGCGAACAUGAGGAUUGCGAGCUGUGGUUAUCUGGUAAGCUUUUUUUAAUCAGUUCAGCUUUUAGCACAUACAGUAAUACACAAGGUCAUGUUAGAUUAGAGGGCAUCUCCUAGAUCAGCACUCUGAAAAGCUCUGCGGAUCCAAACCACAAGCAUCUCAAUCUGUAUUACACCAAAGGAAAACAGAACAAGCUCCCUGUAUUGUAAUUACAAAAUAAAGCUUUUAUAAAGAUCUUUCUGCUAAUGUAAAGUGGAGUCAGGAUGUCUGUGAUUUGCACACCGACACAAACCACUGAGUGGUCCGCCAGUAUGUACAGUAGUCAAUGUUAUUCUGUAUAGGGAACAUGAGAUGGAUUUAAUUAUAAUUUUUUUUGGCUUUGAUAAUAAGCAUAUUUUAUUGCGCGUCUGCUGAAUUUUGAAGGUGCAUGUGAAUUGAAUGUGUCUGUGACGCUGAGGGAAUUUAUUAUUUGUGAAAAGCAUUCAAAAGCACUGAAGUAGGACAUCUUUAGCAAGCAGAUUUGUGAUGGCAGAGGUCUGAAUUAUAAUUCGGACUGGUAUGUUUGUAGAGGCCAUUUAAAAGUCAUACAUUUCCAUUUGGAUCACUCUGCCCAUGUGCUCGGCCUGUAUAUUUUGAUCUUGUAUGGUUACAGAUCCUGCUGGACUGGAAGUAUCACUUCUACUCUAAGCAAGCGGCAGGGCCUUGUAUGUCUGCUCAGGAUGCUUCUCCCUGACAGCCAUGUUCCUGUUGGCAGUGCCUUGAGUCUCCGUGUAGCUUAUCUUGACUGUGUACUGUACAUAUGCUCUAGAUGUCCUUCCCUAUAACUCCACGUUGAGAGAGUUCACACACAUUCAGUGGCAGUAGCCAGGUGCUUUCAAUGUCUGAGCCAUUAAGUCCAUGUGGGACUUUUUGGGACUAGUGUUUAAAAUGUUGACGUGUGUGUGAGUGAGUGUUUGUUUAAUUUAUUUUUGGUUUAGUUUCAGUGUGUUUAAACUUGAAUAUGUGGACAAAUCAGUACUAUUGGGCAAUCUUUUUUUUUUUUUUGAGUAUUAAAUGUUUAAAAUGUCUA